AUGACUAAAGAAAUAGGUCAAUAAUUAAUUACAUCAGUCAAAUAAACAAAAAUUGAAAUUCCAAUUAUUUAGCUCUUUCAUUAUGAAUAUUGUAAUUUAGGGCCUGAAAAUAAAUUUCAAGAGUAAAAUAAGGAUGAUGAUAAUCAAGAAAUAUUUUAAAGUAUAAAUGAAAAUUUAAAUAACAAUUCUUAAAAUUAAGAAAAUCAAAUUUUUCAUUCUUUCUAUAGUUUAAGUUAAAAUGAUGUUUUAGAAAAGAUAGCUUAGAAAAAAAGUGAAUUCAUUGAAGAAUAAGGUAAUUACUUUUACAAAAAGAAAUGUUUGCUCUAAUUAUAUGAUGGCAUAAAAGAUUAAGAUGAUUACAAUUUAAUCAUAAAAAUAGAUAAUCAAUUUACAUACUCUUAUGAUAAGAUAAUUACAUCAUUUAAAUAAUUCUCAAGCAAUGUCUGUUGGGUAGAUCGAUAUCAAUUUAAUAGUAGAUGA